UGAUUGAUUCACUGUGUGUCCAAGACUUGAUGCAGAUGUCAAACCUUUAGGGUACCCUCCAACCCCUCUUUAGUUCACUCAAGCGAACUAAAUUUCCAAAAUCACAAAUUUUAGUUCAUUCCCUUGAUGCUCAUGGUUUGCAUCCUUGCUUGACUUAGUGGGGUUCUUGUCCAUCUAUGCAACACAUUUGGGAUCCUUUUCUUUUGGUUGUCUAGCAAGUUAUAAUUUGGCAAUUUGCUUCAAUAAUAUAUUGAUAUGCUUGGGUGUUUGCUUUGGGUGAAAGGUGCUGUAAAGAGUCUUGCUGACCCAAGGGCGGUCUUCUCUUUUUUCAACAAGGGUGGCCUUGGUGUGCUGCACCUCGCACCCGUCAGAGGGCAUAUUGAAGUUUGCAAGUACUUGGUGGAGGAACUGGGAGGAGAUGUGAAUGCUCCUGCUCCUGGAGUUGGAGACUUUGCAGGCGUGACACCCUUUAUGACAUCUGUUCAGUCCGACGAUGUUUCAACUGUGAAGUAUUUGCUUGAUCGUGGCGGAAGCUGUAAGGUUACUGAGUUCCUACUUUCAAAAGGAGUACCUGUUGACAUACACUAUGGCUAUGGUACACCACUCCAUCUAGCUGCUACCAAUGAACAAGAUAAAAUAGUGAAGAUUUUGUUGGAACACCAUGCAGAUGCUAACACCAGUGUCACCAGUUUGGGUUCUGCGUUGAUGGGUGCUCUUUUAUGCCGUUCAUUGAAGUGCAUGAAGCUGCUGAUUAAGGCCAGUAUUCUAUUGUCUAUAUUUGUUCAUUGUUAUGUUCUGAUUUUACACCGAGAUGGAACCAUGAAAUGUUUUAUUCCACAAUCCUUUUCACAGGGUGGUGCUGAUGUCAAUCGGAUGACCUCACUUCUGAUGACUCCGUUAGUGUUCACUGCAGGGCGCAAAGACUACACCAACUUUAUGCAAUUUCUGUUAAAGGCAGGAGCGGAUCCUAAUAUUCCUGAUGGUAUUCUUUUACUGCAUUCUAUAGGGUCCUUUAGUUAUGUAGUUAAUUUCAAAAGAGUUGACAUUUUUCCUUUUGUUGCCCAGUUUGGUAGGUUACCAAUAGAGCAUGCUGGUAGACGUGACUGUAUGGAACAAGUUGAAAUGCUGUUUCCUUUGACUUCCCCAAUUCCAUCUAUCCCAAACUGGAGUAUAGAUGGAAUCAUCUCAUAUGAAAAAUUUGAAAGUGCAAAGCCACUGGAUCAGAGGCACCUUGAGCGAGCAAAAGCUAUAUUCAAGUCACAGGCAGAUUAUGCAUUCAGGCUGAAGGACUAUAAGUUUGCAUCAAAAUCAUAUGAUCUGGCAAUAGAUGCCGCAGCGAGUGCAACAUUGUACGCAAACAGGAGUCUUUGUAAACUGAUGUUGGACGAUGGUGAAGGUGCUCUGUCAGAUGCUCUCAGCUGCAGAAUGCUGCGACCUAACUGGGCAAAAGCUUGCUACCGUCAGGCUGCAGCUCACAUGCUUCUCAAAGAGUAUAACCAAGCUUGUGACGCUCUCCUGGAUGCUCAAAAAUUAGAUCCUGGAAACAUAGAGGUGGAGAGAGAGCUACGGAAAGCCAGGGAAUUAAUGAAAGCUCCUGAUGAAGCUGACAAGUGAAGCAUGGUGGUUAGCAUGAGAGUAGAGAUUGUGCUUUAUGCUUUCUCAGGCAAAAGUUCUUUUGGCUUGCAUUAGAGUAGUUGCUCAAACUGAAUGUGAUGGUACUUAUGCGAGUAGAAGAUAGAGGUGCUGUAAAACUUGCUCACUUGUGUAGAAAAGAGCUGAAUCAGGCAGGAAGCUGGAGUGCUGAAAUGUGGAUGGGAAUUUACCACUUGAGUUAACUAAUUAGAAGUUUUAUUGAAUCUAGCACAAAUGCCUGACGUGAACGAUGUUUCCUUAUGA